UUAGCCUCAUCUUUACUGCCGAAAGCUCACUUUGCUUUUAGCCCUGGCCGUCAGCUGAGCGGGGCUGAGCGGGGCUGCGCAUGCGCCGCGUGGCCCCGUGGCGUAGAGCCUGGUCCAGUCACAACUAGCCGCUGGGCGGGGUCCGUGCCGGCCGAGGGCGCCGGCUGCCAGAGUGGACAUGGCGGCCGGCCCCACUGGGGCGGUGCUGGCCCUCCUGGGGGUGCUCAGUGUCUGUGCAGCCAGCGGCUAUGGGUCCGUGGCGGAGAGGGAGGCCGGCGGGGAGGUGGAGUGGGCGGAACCGUGGGAUGGCGCGGUUUUCCGGCCGCCCUCGGCGCUGGGCGCAGUGGGGGUGACGCGCAGCUCCGGAACGCCGAGGCCAGGGAGGGAGGAGGCUGGGGAUUUGCCGGUGCUGCUGUGGUGGAGCCCAGGGCUAUUCCCCCACUUCCCUGGAGACUCGGAGCGCAUCGAGUGUACGCGCGGCGCGUGCCUGGCGUCCCGGAACCGCCGAGCGCUGAGGGACUCGCGGACGCGCGCGCUGCUCUUCUACGGCACCGACUUCCGCGCGUCGGCCGCGCCGCUGCCGCGCCUGGCGCACCAGAGCUGGGCGCUCCUCCACGAGGAGUCGCCCCUCAACAACUUCUUGCUGAGCCACGGCCCGGGCAUCCGUCUCUUCAAUCUUACCUCCACAUUCAGUCGCCACUCGGAUUACCCGCUGUCGCUGCAGUGGCUGCCCGGGACCGCCUAUCUGCGCCGCCCGGUGCCUCCGCUCCGGGAACGCGCGGAGUGGCGCCGCCGCGGCUACGCGCCGCUGCUCUAUCUCCAGUCCCACUGCGACGUGCCUGCGGACCGGGACCGCUACGUGCGCGAGCUCAUGCGCCACAUCCCGGUAGACUCCUACGGGAAAUGCCUGCAGAAUCGGGAGCUGCCCACCGCGCGGCUACAGGACACAGCCACGGCCACCACCGAGGAUCCAGAGCUCUUGGCUUUCUUGUCCCGCUAUAAGUUCCACUUGGCCCUGGAGAAUGCCAUCUGUAACGACUACAUGACAGAAAAACUGUGGCGUCCCAUGCAUCUGGGCGCUGUGCCCGUGUACCGCGGCUCUCCCUCUGUGAGGGACUGGAUGCCGAACAAUCACUCCGUCAUCCUGAUUGAUGAUUUUGAGUCUCCUCAGAAGCUGGCAGAGUUUAUUGACUUUCUGGACAAGAAUGAUGAGGAAUAUAUGAAAUACCUGGCAUACAAGCAACCUGGGGGCAUCACCAACCAGUUCCUUCUGGAUAGUUUGAAGCAUCGGGAGUGGGGAGUGAAUGAUCCUUUGCUGCCUAACUACCUCAACGGCUUCGAGUGUUUCGUCUGUGACCACGAACUGGCUCGGCUGGAUGCCGAGAAAGCCCACGCGGCCUCUCCCGGGGACAGCCCCGUCCUUGAGCCCCACAUUGCCCAGCCCUCACACAUGGACUGCCCAAUGCCCACACCUGGCUUUGGCAACGUGGAAGAGAUUCCUGAGAAUGACAGUUGGAAAGAGAUGUGGCUGCAAGAUUAUUGGCAAGGUCUGGACCAGGGGGAAGCUCUCACUGCCAUGAUCCACAACAAUGAAACAGAGCAGAGGAAAUUUUGGGAUUACCUACAUGAAAUCUUCAUGAAAAGGCAACAUCUCUAAGUGCCCUUGCAAGAGCCUUUAAUUUGGCGGAGCUAAGGAGAUUUUAUUCUACCAUGGGACAUAAGGAGCAUCUACUGCACAAACCCUUACUGAACACUGUGUUUUCAUGGAUUCAAGGCAUUCCAGUUUUAUCUAUUAAGAUUUUAUCUUAAUGAUGAGUAGCCAAGGUCUAACAUAGGGCCUCUCCUCAAGGACAGAUGGAGGCAUACAAUUUUUGGUUCAGUGAGAAACAGAACCCUAAAACAUCCAUUUGAUUCAAGGUGCUGGUCGAACAGUUUUUAAAUUACUCACUUCUCUAUUUCAUCCUUUGAGCUGUACUUGACUACCAAUGAAGUAAGAUGGGUCAGGUUACAACUUACAACUUUUGUUCUAUUCCCCAAAUUCCUCAUUAUUCAGGACGUUUCCCAAUAAUCUCUUUUUUGUUAUGUUGGUGGAGAAGCAAAACUUCUGGUGAGUUGUAUUCUGGUUUUCUGCGUUUUUUAUAUUAUGUACUUUGCUUUCAUGUCAAA